AUGAAGACCGCGGAUCCUGAAGAACUGCCGCUGCCAGAUGUUGCACUGCUUGAAAUGCAAUGGAUGCUCAACGCUGUUGCUGCCAUGUCUGCUGGAGCCGAACCCACUGACAUCGAUUACUCCGAUGAUGAUGACUACCUCAACUCUAUUAUGGACGGGACCAUGUCACAAAUUUCACUUUCACCUCCCCGUUGCUUGAAGCCUCAGAAGCUCGAGGGUGAGCAUCUUUACGACAGCACCUAG